AUGUAUUGAACAGUGUUUAGCUUUGUUAUUUCUUUGUUUUGUUUUGUUUGUUUAGAACAAUGUCGUAUUCAAAUUGGCCGAGCGAUGAUGACAAAACAGUGUCUGUCUUUCCUGUUGGCUCGGAACACCUGUUAGUCAGUCAUGCUAAAAUGUAAUUUGCCCCGUGUUUUCUAUGAACAAGAAUGUACAAAAACAACUUCAUAAUGUGAUUUUUAAGGAGAGUCCCUAGAGGGCUGCAUAUGGCUUAUGAAAGUAAUACUCUGAUUGCCUACUUCUACUUUUUUCGGCUAUGGCAUUGUUAUCUCACUACACCAUACAGAUGGGUGACAAAUCAAAGAAAAAAAAACUAUGGUAAAAGAUAACCCAUCUGACCAGUUCACUUUUUUUCACGUAUCUGUAGACCAGUGUCUAUGGCUGACUCUCAAAUGGUUCCCUACUCACUAUACAGUGCACUGCAUAGGUCAUUAAUCUAUAGUGCUCUUGUAAGAGUGUAAGAACGUAAGUGUUGGGUAUAGAAGCCUUAUUUCAUACUUACGUAGUUGUUUGUUUUGUUUUUAUUUUUACCACGGACAUCUCAAAUGUGCAUUCGUCUUUGUAAUGAGAGAUUUUUUUUCACAACCACACGAUUAUAUUAUAAUAUCCCUCUGUGUACUCUAUGUACUGAUAUUCUCAAUUACCUGAGGAACAGCUGUUUUUCUGUUUUUUCUUAUGUAUCACACUAAUGCAUGAGCAUCACAGUCUUUGAAAGUACGCUUUCGACCACAUUUUCCAACCCUGUUUACUGUUGUUUUUUGCACAUCUAAACGCAGAUGUCACUUUAGUUACCGUACCUAUUGAAACACUAAUCAGUCGAGCUGUCUUUGUGGCUGAAGCUCCUGCCCCAAAGAAUGAACUCUUUCAUAGUCACUUAGAUCUUUUAAUCUUGCCAUCUUGAUCCACAAUUGCGGUCAGCUGAACCUACUCAGCACUUUAUACAUGCCAGAGAGCAUGGUGGGAUGUUAAGUGCUUAACUGUAUAAGGCAGUUCACCUGUCUGAAAGCAUAUGGACUCACUAUGUUUCCCUUCUCAUUUAUUCAGGUUUGUGUCACUUAUCAAGGCUGUAGCCUGCCUGCUUCUAUGUAUGUAAACUCUGGCGGUUAAAUAUCCCCACCUACUGGUUUGUAUGCUCACUGCGACGAGCGCUCCAGCGUGAUCCCCACUUACCACAAAAAAGAUGUAGCAGGUCAUCUUCCGACGCUCGGUGAAGAGGGAUAGCCUACAAGACGUUUUGCACGUUUGUUUAUCUUGUUUUUUCAUCGGAUUUAUUUGACGUGACCAAAAACUCGCGUAGUUUUUAUCUUUAUCUUUUUUAAAGAACCAUAACUUAAGCCUCCAGCUGAACAGUACACAGCUGAAAUACUGACAUGCUGCUGUGCAGAAAGAAGGCUUUUACAGGAAAUGGGGAGUAAGCAAACAACCUUCAGAGAUGACCAGCUUGACGAGUAUCAGGACUGCACAUUUUUCACAAGUAAAGAAAUCCUGCGUGGUCCUAGAACAACAAGAAGGUUACAUGGGCGAUUCCGUGACUUGGCUCCCAACAUUGUUCCAAUGGACUAUACAAAUAACCCUGAUAUUACUCUCCCCUCCUCUGUCAUUACCACCAUGCCUGAACUUAAGGAAAACCCAUUCUGCCAAAGCAUAGUUGAGACCUUUUCUGAGGAUGGCAAGGGCAACCUGAGUUUCAAUGACUUUGUGGACAUGUUCUCAGUCUUGAGUGAAAUGGCACCACUAGAUCUGAAGAUCAUCUACGCCUUCAAGAUAUAUGAUUUUAACAGAGAUGGGUUCCUCUGUGAAAAGGAUGUAGAGGAGACUGUGCACAGGCUGACUGGGGAAGAUUUGAGGCCAGAAGAAAGGAGGCUUGUCUCUCAGAGAGUGAUGGAGGAAGCAGACCUAGAUGGUGAUGGGAAGCUCUCCGUCAUUGACUUUGAGAACAUGAUCUCCAAGGCACCAGAUUUCAUUAGCACCUUCCAUGUACGCAUCUGAAAGGGUGGAAGAUGACCUUGAAAUGGAAGUGAAAGAGGAUGGAUGGCUGACUCAGUGGGUUGCUUGGAAGAUUGUGCCUCUCUCUCCUGUGCUGCUGUUCUAUGUGACUAUAUUUUGAUGCUGGCCAAAAUGACAAUGUCAGUCAGCUGGUGAAAGGAUCUUUUCAAUCAUUUUAAAGAACAGAAAAGGACUGAUUGCACAGGGAGUCUUGCCUACAGUGGAGUUUUAGCUCCAUCUUUCUCAUAUGGAUAUUACGUGAAAGAAAACUCUUUAUGACCGCUUGUCAUGAAGGAAACCUGAACUUGAGGUGGUCAGCUUUCAUGUGGACUUUUUUCAGCUACUGAAGUUCCCACUGUAAAUUAUGAACAUGAGAUAUUAUUAUAGAAUUAUGAACAGAUUCAUCAUUCACAUUUAAAUGUUUGAAAGCUGAAUGACCAUUGGUAGAUGCUUUUUCAUAAUCUACAUUACACAGCUCAGUAAAUACAGUGUAUAUCAUGAGCACA